GCCGCACAGGAAGUGAAGCAUCAACGCAAGUCUCGCAAAAACAGAGUACUGCGGACCGCCACUUUGAUGAAACUACAUAAUAAUAAUAAUUAUUACAGCCCUACACUGCUGCAUACUGGCUUCAAAAUAGAGACUCUGCUGCCAUCUGCUGGUCAGCUGGAGAACUGCAGCACUGGCGUCAUGGUGAAGGAUGUUUAGAAAGGUCAAGAAGCGCCACAGCAGCAGCAGCUCCCAGAGCAGUGAGAUCAGCACUAAAAGCAAGUCUGUAGAUUCCAGUUUGGGAGGCCUGUCUAGGUCAAGCACGGUCGCCAGCCUUGACACCGACUCCACCAAGAGCUCAGGUAAUGCUGUGUCUGAGACCUGUGCUGAGUUCAGGGUAAAAUAUGUGGGAGUCAUUGAGAAGCUGCAUUUUGAGAUGAGCAAAACCCUCCAGGAGCCUCUAGACCUUAUCAACUACAUUGAUGCAGCUCAGCAAGAUGGAAAACUUCCAUUUGUGCCAGGAGAUGAGGAGAUGAUUCUGGGAGUGUCCAAGUAUGGAGUAAAAGUGGCAUCAUUGGACCAGUGUGAUGUGCUUCACCGUCACCCGCUCUACCUGAUAGUGCGGAUGCUUUGCUAUGAUGAUGGUCUGGGUGCAGGGAAGAACCUGCUAGCACUGAAAACCACUGAUGCCAAGCAGCAGGAGUGCAGCAUCUGGGUUUAUCAGUGCAGCAGUGCGGAGCAAGCCCAGGCCAUCUGCAAAGUACUGUCCACCUCCUUUGACUGUGCCCUGGCCUCAGAGAAGUCCUGAGGUCUAUUUGGGAGCGCUCUGUUUCUUCCACCAUUACUCAUUCCCGGGAGGAAUGGAAGACUUGGAGCAGGCCUGUGGAAGUCUUGUAGUUUCUGGAGUUUUUUUUUAACUGAUCUGAAAGAAAUGCUGCGAUUUCUCCUUAUGAUUAAUGUUUGUGCUGGUGAUUUGGUUUUUGUUCAGCAUGAAAGGGCAACCAUCUCAACCAUGUUUACACCAUAAUCAUUAGUCUUGCCAAAAAUCCUCUUCUCCAGUGUUUCCCAACCCCCCCCCCCACAUCAGUAUGCAUUUUGGAUCCCUGUGUCCAUAUAUAAUAUUUGUACCACCCUACUAUAUAGUAUGUAGAAAGCAGCAUGUCAAAUUAAGUGUAAUGAAUCAGUAGGCAAGAAAUACCCAGAUGACCUAUUGCAUCUGCUGAGAUUCUGAAGUGGUCAUCCACUGGACACUGUACUAUCCCAUAAGGACAUGGGAUCUAAGGAGCUGUCAGAUUAAAAAUACUGAAAUAAAAAAACGUCUGAGAAACGUGAGUCUGGCAGCUCUCUUGGUAUUUAAGUGCAAGUGCUACAUAUACCAAGAAAGUUGUUCCUCCUGGUUACAUUGUACUCGUUUAACAAAACCAGAGUAAAUUAUUUUUGCGGUCGUUGUUAUGACAUCAUGCACAUUCCUGGGUGAAGUAUGUCCCGAAAUGCAUUUAUACUACAUACAUACUAAACUUUAUCUUCGUGCGACCCCGCAUACACAUGCGUGGACAUUGUAUUUUGGCUUCGCUAUACGCAACGCAUAAUUUAAAUUCAUUUAAACUGACUGAUCUCAGUUCAGAAGACUCUGCUGUCAGUAAAGGGUUAAACUUUCAAUGCACGGAGUCCUGUGACACAACAACAUAGCGCUGAUCACAGUGGAGUUUGUAUUUAGGAGAAAUGCCAACAAAACUACAUCUGGUAAGAAACCUAAUCAAGUCUUUACAUUGAAACCUGUUUGAGUCAAAAGAUUACAGUCUCUAGUUUCAUCCGAUAUGCCAUUUUUCAAAUUGGAGCAAUUUAUCGUGAAAUGCCACUGUUUGCUUUUUUUUCAUGAUUAUUAGGUGCUACUAGUUACAAAUCAAAAAGGGAAUUGGAAAAUGCACACAUCAGUCAUACUCGGGUUUCAGGAGGUUAAUAAUGGUCAAUAAGUAUGUUCUUGAUCAAAUGCAGUAUUUACUCUGAAAGUGCAGGAAUUUGGACACAGAAAAUGUGAAAUGUGUACUGCUAGGUGGCCUCAAGGUACAGGGUUGGGAAACACUGCUCUACUCCGAACAUCCCUGCCAUAAUCCAAAGGUCCAGCGAACAGUUGUGGGCUGCAUCUAUUUUUGUAACCUAAUUUAAUCUUAUUUAAUGUAAAUACAGUAACCUCAGAGCACACUUCCCACCAUGGGCCAGUAAAUCUGUGAUUUCUGAGAACCUAGUGGGAUUUGUGCAAACUAUGGUACAUUAAUGUCAGUAUGACGGGGACUUGUUCAUCAAAGAUGCUGUAAACGCCAAACCCUCUGCGCCCUGUACGUGUAGAGGUUGUAAUGGCUCAUAUGACAAUCAAUGCUGUUUGUAAAAUCUACCCCUUUUUUUGUCAUCCAUCUCCAAUGUUCUGGUCCAGAUUGGAUCAGUUAAUAUGGUACAAUAAAGCAGUGCAAAUGUAAUUAUCUAAAAAAUGCUGAAGUUUUGCUUGUCUUUACAGUAUUUCGUUUUUUUUAAAGUCUAAAAACUGUUGAAAGAUACCCUUCUGUGUAGCUAUCCACAGUUUUCCUUACCAACCACUGGGCAGCGCCAUGAUGAUUCUGGUUGUUCCCUGGACUGUUUUCUGGUUCUGAUCCAUUUAAGAAGCAAUCCAGACAGAGAACAACAACCAUUUUAGUGUUAGUUGGAGUAAAAAUGAGUUCAGGCUUAAGUUGAAGUUGUUAGGUGUCAUAACUCAAUUUAGUUAAUGGUAUUAACGUAACUAACCUCGGGCCAUCACUUCUUGUCAUCUAUCCACUCGGAUGAGGCACUGUCAAAAGAUGGUCAUCGCAACUCUUUAAAGUACUGGCACAAUGGAGCCACAAGUUUUGUUUUUUUUAUUUGGUAAGUAAAAAACAAUUUUAUUCGAUAAAAACAUAUGCUGAUGUGAGUGAAAACACUGGAGACUGGAAAACAAAAACAGGCUGCCGUUAAGAAUUGUGGAACAAUACCACAUUCAGAAAAAGCUGAAUAAUUAAAAUGGGUUUUAAAAAAUUUUCGUGCCACUUUUCAGAGAUUUAUUGAUCACGUUUACAUGCGCAAUCUUACACUGAUUAUGUUUAAUAAGCCGACAGCAUGAAAGGCCAUGUAAACGCUUUAAACAGCAUUGCUUUAUUGCCGCAAGGUCAUAAACUAUGGUGGGAACUCCGUGUCAAAGACAAGCUGUGGUUGUUUGUGCAGGAACACUUGGGAAAUGUAAAAAGACAAGGUGUAAGACAUAUUACAUUAUCAUCGCUUCCAAGGAAAGGCCAUGUACUAAUAAGUAAACCUACAAUGAGUUAUAAAACUAAGAUUAAGAACUUUAAUAUAAACACAGACCAAUGCAUUCUAAACUAAAGAGAGAAAUAUUGACACUUCAUUAAUCUUAAAGGGAUAGUUCACCCAAAAAUAAAUAUUCCCUUGUCAUUGACUCACCCUCAUGCCAUCCCAGAUGUGUAUGACUUUCUUUCUUCUGCAGAAGAUUUUUAGAAGAAUAUCUCAUCUCUGUAGGUCCAUACAAUGCAAGUGAAUGGUGACCAAAACUUUGAAGUUCCAAAAAUCACAUAAAGGCAGCAUAAAAUUAAUCCAUAAGACUCUAGUGGUUUAAUCCAUGUCUUCAGAAGAGAUCCAAUUGGUUUUGGGUGAGAAACAGACCAAAACAUAACUAAAUUGUAACUAUAAAACUUGACAUAAGCAUUCUCCUUGGCGAUCAUGAUUUCAGGCACGAUUACACUUACUAGCGCUCUGCGCAUGCGUCAAGCUCCAGGAAGUAUAACGUAAAUCUCGUGUAAAUGCUUUUUUUUUUUUUUUUUGGUAGCUAUCAGCCUAUUGGUGUGCAAGAACAGUAAAUUCACUCAGUGUCUCAGUUCUCUGCUGUUUAGGUUGCAAGCAGUUAGAUCUAUUAGUUUGGCAAUUAAAAGUUUUAUUUAUCUUAUGACUUUAAGGGCAUAAGAAGUAUACAUUUAUCAGUAUGUGUGUUCCCUGGGAAUCAAACCCUUGACCUUGACAUUUGUAACAACAUGCUUUAGGUUAGGGCUGGCCGGUUUUUCUGAUUUGUUCCAAUUCAAAGUUGCAUUUUGACACAAUAUUUUAUUUUUUUAAAUCAAGAAAUUUGAGAUUUUGCAAAAAAUAUUGCAAACGCUAUAAUUAGAUGCAUUGUAAAUCCACCAAAGGCUGAAUGAGGAAGAUAAAAAGAAUUCACAGCGCUUGUCUUAAUGCCGCUCUCGAUCUGAUCAGCUGCUCGUGUGUUGCGUGCUCCAAAUGAACGUGACAGGUUAACAAAAGAGAGAUUGAUAUAAAAGACAGCUGUAAUAUUCCCAAUGCAAUUGUACACAGUGUGAUUGUAGCUCACCUUUGUCCAUCAUGCAUGGAUAUACCGGCUUAAGACCAUAACUGGCCUUGACAUGUGCAUGUUGAUGAACGGUGUCCUUUCUUUGACCUAUAAAAAAAGUGUCAAAUAAUUUGGAUAGGCUAUAUUUGGGAGAAUCAAACAUCCACUGCUCCUUUUACCAUGAUGAUUCAGAUAGAUCUCUAAUUAUUGCUUUUGUUCUGUGACGUGUUUCAAGUGUACUGCAUCUAUAGCCAACAUUUAACAAGCGGUCAUUUUGACAAACUUUGCUAGUUGAAUUGUAAUGAUAUAUUUCAUAUUGCUGCGCUGCUCAGCGUAAACCGCUAGAGGGUAGGUCUCUAUCUGCAGGGGUUUAUGAAUAUACAAACAAAUUGUUACUUUCUAGAUAAACUUGAUAAUUUAUAGAUAUUGAUGUCUAGAUAGAUUUGUUUUAGAUAAAAUGAAUACCUACACUGACAAGAAGUAUUUUGCAGUUUUCUUAUUUUAUUCUAUUAUUUCUAAACAUCUGGGUUUAUUAGGUUUUAAUUUAUUUUACAUUUACACUAUGUUGACAACUUCCCCCUGUGGU